UAAAAUGCAGAGAAAAAAAAAAAAAGAGCAGUUAAAAAAGGUUUCAUAGACGAUUAGCAAAUAAAAGAAACAACUGGUAGUUACAUAUCUGGUGGAUUUUGAUAAUUUUUAUGUUCUUAUAUAUUUUUUCUUAUUUUUGCUUUUUUCUCAAUAUGUAUUUUUUUAAACUUUGAAACACAUUUUCUCAUUAACAAAACAGAAUUACAAAAUAAAAUUUUUAGGAUUUGUUUAUCAUAAUAUAAUACUUCAUUUAACCCUCAGAAUUUUUAUAAAAAUUUAUAGAAAGUGAAAUAUUAAUGAUUAUAGUGCUGUAUUUAUUGAUAUUUCAUAUAUAUAUAUUAGGUGAUUUUGUUAGAAAUGCAAUAUUUCAUGAAAUAAUUUAAAUCAUAAAAAUUCCCACGGUCAAGCAGGGUGAAAUAUGAUUAGGAAGCUAUGUUCAAAAUUUUAGUUUCAGUUGUUAAGGCAAAAUUAAGUUAUUAGGUUUUGAAGGUUUACUAAAAACACAUGUUUUACAACACAUUUUUGGCCAUUAUGGAUAAUAAAAUAAAUUUAAAAAAAAGUUAUCUGUUUUUUAUUUUAUUUUAAUAUAAAUUAGUUGUCAUUAAAAAAAAAAAAAAAUCAAAAUUUUGAUUAUUUACAAAAAAACUUGUUUUCAGUUGUGUGCCACCUUAAACAGUUGUAGUUUAUGCGCACUGUUCCGAACGUGUGGAAAUAAAAUGUUGGUAAGAUGGUAGAUGAGCGUGUAUACCGCAUUACGCAAUACCAAUUAUGCAAAUAAUGAUUUUUGGCAAUAUUUUACUAACGACUUAAUUUGUCAUAUUGAAAUUUACAAUACAUAACCAACAAUUUUAUCGAUAUUGCUUUUUUCGCACUAUCACUCUACUAUUCAUAUUGUUUUAAAAAUAUCAAUAUCAAUAUCAAAAAUGGCAUGUAAAAGAUCUUCAGAUGAACCUUCGGAAUGCAACAGCUUUCUUCAAAGCUCUAAACGGAUGGGCCAAGUUGCAACGCACAUUCUUACUGCAGAAUCAGAAGUAGAAAUUGAUUUAAAUACAUAAAAAAAAAAACACAAGAAAACUCCUUUUAGUCAGCAAAACAAAAAGAGAAAAAAAAAUGUAUUUUUGAAGAACCUCCUUUACCAUCAUUACCAUUGUGGGAGCCACCAAAGCUUCCUGAUUCCGAUUCAGUAUACAUUUUAAAAUUUUAUCCCAUUCGUAAAAAUAAACUUUUGUUCAGAACUUUUGUUCAGAACUUUUUGUCCGUCUCUGCCUCAAUGGAUCAAGUAGAUGACUUGCCAGUUACACAGAUAGUGUUUCCAUCAGAAAUGCAGUCUGUUUCACAAGUUCAACCGUUACUGCAUUCAUCUUCUUCCUUUUCUUUACCAUCUCAAAAAACUGGGAUAGACCAAAUAAAUAACUUUAUUCGGAAAGCAAAUGUUGAACCGAAUACUGUUGAAGGCAUUCAAUUUAUAGUGAACUCCAUGUACAGAAAACUUUGUGGGUUGGAAACAGAAAUGCGUUCCAUGCGUUCAAUUUUAGACACUAAUCAUGGUAAUAAAGAAAAUAUUAAUAUAGAUUAUUUACCAGCUAAUUCAGUUGAAGAGUUUGACUCACUAGAAAGUAAAAUAAUUAACUCUAAUGAUAAAGAUAUUGUUUGCAGAAAGUUAGAGCAAAUUGGUGGGAGAAAUCUAAGUGACUUUUUAAAAAAUGCUUUAAAAACUUGUUUAACAGACAAGCUGUGCUGCAGCAUUAAUCGAACUGAUGCAGAUAAAAAGCGUAAGUUUAUAGGACCAGUCGAAAGUUUGAUUUUUGAUGCAGCUUACUGUUUAUUUCCAACUGCCAUUGAAUCCAGUAUGACUAGAAUAAUUGCGAAAAACUUGAAAAAGUCUAAAGAUCGUUAUUUUGCUGCAAGAAAGAGAAGUUCUUCUUUAACAAGUGAUAUACAAAUACACAGUCCUGUUAGAAAAAAAAGAAAUUUAAACACUGACUCAUGUAGUGGUUCCAGUUAACUUAUUUUUUUUGUUUAUUUGUUCUAUUAUUUUUUAUUGACUUUUUUUUUUUUUAGAUAUUUUAUUUGUUACAA